AUGUUGCGGCGCAUCAAACGCAAAGCUCCUCUUCCACCUUCCAAUGGCGGCCGCAGCAGCUCUUGUGAACCCAAAGCAACCAGUUCUACCUCACAGCCCAGCACUAGGGCAGCACAGAGCGGAAAGAGGACUCGGAAGUUUGGUGUCAUCUCCAGGACGGUGGCCAAAGACAGCAAGGAGAAUAAAGGGGGAGAAGGACUCUGCUCGUGAGAGCCGCCAGUACGCGCCCAUGGAAGUGGAUGGAGGGCACUCUAGUGAUGAGGCAUCCGGACCAGACGGUCACAUGAAACAAGAAUUGCACAGCAGUUAUGAUGAGGAGAGGUGCGAAUACCAUGUGUCGAAGGCUGCAAGGACUGCGGCUAAAUCAAUGGACUCUUCCGUGCAGCGGGAAGGAUGCUGUAUCUGGAAGAUGCAUAUGUUGAAGGGAGCCGAUGGGCUCGGGAUUCAGAUUACUGGUGGCCGAGGAUCCAAAAGGUCUCCUCAUGGGAUUGUUGUUGCCCACGUGGAAGAAGGAGGCUCCGCAGACAGGUAU